AUGAGUUUUAAGGUGUACAAGAAGGACUUGUUACCCUCCUAUGAUGUUCAAAACAACAGCAAAUGUGAGUUACCAGUGUCCCAUGCUAUGCAGUUUUCCACCUUCCACAUACUAACUUUUGUGAUCUUAUUGUUCAACAUGACUAUAGCUAUACUCAUUCCCAAUGUGGAAUUUAUUCUUGGAUUAACCGGAGCUUCAAUCGGAUCACUAGUCAGCAUAGUGAUUCCAUCUAUUCUCUACCUAGCUGUUGCCAAAAACAGAAUGCACUAUACCAUAAGUUACGCAAAGGUUUGCCUUCUUGCUGGAUUAUUUAUCUGGUGCGCCAGUACAUGGGCAACGCUACACGUGGACAGAACUGUGCAUGUUGCUGAAAAGGUAACUGUGUCCAUUCAUUAGAC